UUUUUCUUUCCAGGAAGCAUAGACUUUGUAUUAAGGCAAUGCCAAAUUUCACAGAUGUGACAGAAUUCCUCCUUGUGGGCUUGACAAGGCGUCAGGAACUCCAGGUCCUCUUCUUUGUGGUGUUCCUGGUGGUUUACAUGGUCACUCUGCUUGGCAACAUUGGUAUGAUCAUUCUGAUCAGCGUCAGCCCCCAGCUUCAGAGUCCUAUGUACUUUUUUCUAAGUCAUUUGUCCUUUGUGGAUGUGUUGUUUUCCUCCAAUGUUACCCCCAAAAUGCUGGAAAACUUACUAUCAGAAACAAAAACCAUUUCCUACGUGGGGUGUCUGAUACAGUGUUACUUUUUCAUUGCCCUGGUCCAUGUGGAGGUCUAUAUUCUGGCCGUGAUGGCCUUUGAUCGCUACAUGGCUAUCUGCAACCCUUUGCUCUAUGGCAGCAAGAUGUCCAGGGCUGUCUGUGUCCGCCUUAUUUCUGUGCCUUAUGUCUACGGGUUCUCUGUGAGUCUUAUCUGCACUCUGUGGACCUAUGGUUUAUAUUUCUGUGGAAACUUUGAAAUCAACCACUUCUAUUGUGCUGACCCUCCUCUUAUCAAGAUUGCCUGUGGAGGAGUGCAUAUUAAAGAGUACACGAUGAUUGUUAUUGCCGGAAUUAACUUCACAUAUUCCCUGUCAGUGGUUCUCAUCUCUUACACGCUCAUUGUAGUCGCCGUGUUGCGCAUGCGCUCUGCUGAUGGCAGGAAAAAGGCGUUCUCCACCUGUGGAUCACACCUGACAGAUGUUUCCAUGUUUUACGGAACCCUUAUAUUCAUGUAUCUCAGAAGGCCAACGGAGGAGUCUGUGGAACAGGGAAAGAUGGUGGCUGUGUUUUAUACCACUGUGAUUCCCAUGCUGAACCCCAUGAUAUACAGUCUCAGGAAUAAAGAUGUGAAGGAAGCAGUCAGCAAGGCAAUAGCCAAGGCAAACUUAAGAAAAUGACAUUGAAGCAGAUAUUUUAUAGGCCUGUUAAUUCAAAUGUAUAUGACUAAGCA